GCGUGUGUGCGCGCGCGUUUGACCCCGGAAAUCAGAUGUCAUCGCUCGACGCGGCUAAUUUUAGAUGAUUACUGCUUCUCCUUCGGUGUUUCUCUGUGUGGAGAAUGCCAGCAGCGGCGGGGACCAGCCGCACCUCCUCUUCUUCCACCGGAUCCGCGGCGCCGCUGCCGCCGCCGCUGCCGCCGCUGCCCGCUCCCUCUGAGGAAGCCUCCGAGGACUGUCCGCUUCACGCUGUAGCUGGUAGGGACUGCAGUUGUGACUGAUCCGCCGCCUGAGCCUCCGUUGAUAGUAAAGGGAUAAAAUAGCCAAGAUGAUGUGCGAAGUGAUGCCCACCAUCAGCGAGGACACGGCGCUGAGCCAGCGCGGCUCGCAGAGCAGCGCCUCGGAUCCGGACUCCCACUUCGAGCAGCUGAUGGUCAACAUGCUGGACGAAAGGGACCGACUCCUGGAUACGCUGAGGGAGACCCAGGAGAGCCUGGGACUGGCUCAGCAGCAUCUGCAGGACGUGAUCUAUGACCGAGACUCCCUGCAGCGCCAGCUCAGCUCUGCCCUGCCACAGGAGUUUGCUGCGCUGACCAAGGAGCUGAAUGCCUGCAGGGAGCAGCUGCUGGAGAAGGAGGAGGAGAUCUCUGAACUCAAAGCUGAGAGGAACAACACCAGGUUACUUCUGGAACAUCUGGAAUGCCUGGUGUCCAGACACGAGCGGUCACUUCGAAUGACGGUGGUCAAGCGUCAAGCUCAGUCCCCCUCAGGGGUCUCCAGUGAGGUUGAAGUCCUCAAAGCACUUAAGUCCCUUUUUGAACACCAUAAAGCACUCGACGAGAAGGUCAGAGAGAGACUACGAGUGUCACUGGAGAGAGUCUCUGCCUUGGAGGAGGAGCUAACAGCAGCCAAUCAGGAGAUUGUGGCCUUACGAGAGCAAAAUGCUCACCUUCAGAGGAAAGUUGCGUCCGGUGAAGGAGGGGAUGACCUACUGGAGGGCAGCGAAACACAACAAAAGCUCCACGGCAAGCGUCUGUCGAAUGGCUCUCUGGAGUCGGCCCGCGAGGCGAGCCAGGUGGUGGAGCUGCAGGAUCUGCUGGAGAAGCAGAAUUACGAGCUGGCCCAGAUGAAGGAGCGCAUGUCCUCUCUGUCCUCCAGGGUGUCCGAGGUGGAGCAGGAACUGGAGACUGCCCGCAAAGACCUCAUCAAGUCAGAGGAGAUGAACAACAAGUACCAGAGAGACAUCAAAGAAGUCAUGUGCCAGAAGGAGGACAUGGAGGAACGCAUCGUCACGCUGGAGAAGCGCUACCUGAGCGCGCAGCGAGAAGCCACGUCUGUGCACGACAUCAACGACAAGCUGGAGAAUGAGUUGGCCAAUAAAGAAGCAUUCCUUAGACAGAUGGAGGAGAAGAACCGGCAGCUGCAGGAGAGGCUGGAGCUUGCAGAGCAGAAGCUGCAGCAGACCAUGAGGAAGGCGGAGACGCUGCCAGAGGUGGAGGCAGAACUGGCCCAGAGGAUAGCCGCCCUCACCAAGGCGGAGGAGCGUCACGGGAGCAUUGAGGAGCGAAUGAGGCACUUGGAGUGCCAGUUGGAGGAGAAGAACCAGGAGCUGCUCAGGGCACGGCAAAGAGAAAAGAUGAACGAAGAGCACAACAAGCGACUCUCAGACACGGUGGAUCGACUCCUCACCGAAUCGAACGAGCGCCUCCAGCUUCACCUGAAGGAGAGAAUGGCAGCUCUGGAAGAGAAGAACAUGUUAAUUCAGGACUCGGAUGGAUACAGAAAACAAUAUGAAGAGUCUAUACAUGAAAAAUCUCAGCUGGCAGAGGAGAUUGAGAAGCUGAGAUCGGAGCUCGACCAAUACAGACUGAGGGCGGGAUCCCUCACAGAACCCACGCUGUCUCGGUCUCAUCUUGACACAUCAGCUGAACUUCGUUUCUCGUUGGGAUCUCUGGCGGAAACCCAGUCGGACCAUUACCGCUCAGCCAAAGUCAUCCGCCGGCCGAGAAGGGGGCGAGUAGGUCUACGGGAAACAAAGGCAAAAUCGCUUGGCGAGCACGAAUGGCGCUCUCAGCAGCUUGGAGUUCUGGGAGGCCACCACUUUGAGAGCGACACCGAGAUGUCGGACAUCGACGAUGACGACAGGGAAACGUUAUUUAGCUCCAUGGACCUUCUCUCCCCCAGCGGCCACUCCGAUGCACAAACUCUGGCCAUGAUGCUCCAAGAGCAGCUGGAUGCCAUCAACAAGGAGAUACGGCUGAUCCAGGAGGAGAAGGAGUCGACAGAGCUGCGAGCGGAGGAGAUUGAGAACCGGGUGGCCAGCGUCAGCCUGGAAGGUCUUAACCUGGCUCGUAUGCACCACCAUGGAGCCUCCAUCACUGCCUCAGCCACCGCCUCCUCCCUGGCCUCAUCUUCCCCACCCAGCGGCCACUCCACCCCUAAACUAGACCCUAGAAGUCCGGCACGGGACAUGGAGCGCAUGGGAGUGAUGACUCUGCCCAGUGAUUUGAGGAAGCACAGGAGAAAGAUAGCGGCAGUGGACGAGGAUGGCCGAGAGGACAAGGCCACCAUCAAAUGCGAGACGUCACCUCCUCCGACGCCGCGCACCGUACGAAUGACGCACACACUGCCAGCCUCCUCGCACAACGAUGCACGAGGGAUUGUGGCUUCUCUGGAGGCUGAAGCCAGUGCCCUAAGUAGCGUAGCCAGCAGCCAAGACUCCCUGCACAAACAGCCGAAGAAGAAAGGGAUCAAAUCCUCCAUUGGACGAUUGUUCGGCAAAAAGGAAAAAGGCAGACUGGCACAUCUACACAGACAGGUCAUGGUAGAUCCACAAGCCACAAUGAUGGACCUCGACGGGUCGGGCCAGGACAUGGGGGUGGGCAAGUUGGGCACUCAGGCUGAGAAGGACCGCAGAUUGAAAAAGAAGCACGAGCUUUUGGAGGAGGCAAGGAGGAAAGGAUUACCGUUUGCGCAGUGGGACGGCCCCACAGUUGUAGCCUGGCUGGAGUUGUGGCUGGGAAUGCCAGCCUGGUACGUGGCGGCGUGCCGCGCCAACGUGAAGAGCGGCGCCAUCAUGUCUGCGCUUUCCGACACCGAGAUCCAGAGGGAGAUCGGAAUCAGCAACCCACUGCACAGGCUCAAACUUCGUCUGGCCAUCCAGGAGAUGGUCUCCCUCACCAGCCCCUCGGCCCCACCCACCACCAGAACCCCAUCAGGCAACGUAUGGGUGACCCAUGAGGAGAUGGAGACCCUGGCAGCACCUUCCAAAACGAAAUCAGAUUCUGAAGAGGGGAGCUGGGCGCAGACUCUGGCUUAUGGGGACAUGAACCAUGAGUGGAUAGGAAACGAGUGGCUGCCCAGUCUCGGACUACCUCAGUACCGCAGCUACUUCAUGGAGUGCCUGGUGGACGCCCGCAUGUUGGACCACCUCACCAAGAAGGACCUGAGGGUGCACCUCAAAAUGGUGGACAGCUUCCACAGAACAAGUUUACAGUACGGAAUCAUGUGUCUGAAGAAGCUCAACUAUGACAGAAAGGAGCUGGAGAGACGCAGGGAACAAAGUCAGCAUGAAAUAAGAGGCAAGAAUAAUCUUCAAACCGUUUCUGUCAUGAUGUUGAAUAUUGUUUUUUCACUAAAAUUAAUGUUUGCUUCUGCAGACGUGCUGGUGUGGAGUAACGAGCGGGUCAUCCGCUGGGUGCAGAGUAUAGGCCUGCGGGACUACGCCAACAUCCUGCUGGAGAGCGGCGUGCAUGGAGCUCUGGUUGCUCUUGAUGACAACUUUGACUACAGCAGCCUGGCUCUGCUUCUCCAGAUCCCCAACCAAAACACUCAGGCACGUCAGAUUUUGGAGCGAGAGUACAAUAAUCUGCUGGCUCUGGGCACUGACAGGAGACUGGAUGAGUGCGACGACAAAGACUUCCGGGGUCCCUCCUGGCGGAGACAGUUUCCUCCGCGGGACGUCCACGGUAUCAGUAUGAUGCCUGGGUCAGCAGAAACUCUUCCAGCUGGGUUCCGUCUCACUGCGACGUCCGGUCAUUCCAGAAGACUGCCCCCUGAUGUACUCUUUGAGGUGCUGGAUGACAGUCCUGACGACAUGUAUUUGGACUUGUUUCAAGUCGGACCAUCUGCGGUGCAGCGGCUGGACAGCUCAACGGUGAGAACCUACUCCUGCUGAGAGGAGGAAGCGGGGGACCUUAAACUGUACGCUCUACAGUUCUGAACCAACAGGCCGAUCUGCCGAGAAACAAUCCGAUGACACGCACUGCCAAGAAGCCCUGCUCUCCUCUCUGACCCCGUCCUCCAUGACUUGUAAUGCGGGCGCCCGACGCCGGUGCUAAACUCUCCUGCAGGAUGCCUCGUUGUCACCAUUUCUACCUUUUACAUGUAAAGUAACUUGUCAGAGCAUAAUGUACUGUGUAUUUCUUCUACAAGGAGAUGUGUAGGUUAUCUGUAAAUUCUUAUAAAUAUGCCAUUUUUAUUAUAUAUACACAAAACAUCUAUGUAUAAAAAGAUAUUAAGGGUUUGUGCAAAAAAAAAAAUGUCCCUACCACCUCAUUUAGUGGACCAUAGAUGAAUAUAUGCUGCUCUUUAAACUCUCCAUUAGACCCUUGUUCCUCUAGAUCAUUUUGAACAUAUGAUUUUAUUUUUUCAUUGUGCUAAUGAAAAGUUACGAUGAGCCUGUGCUGGACCUUAGAAGGGAAGAAACUCGAUGUUGUGCCAAGCUGCCCUCUAGUGGUGGGCCACUCCAACAACACGUGAUGGAGCUUUUCAGGAGGAUUUGUCGGCACACUGGAACAACAGAAGCACCUUCAUACAUCCGCAUCAACUCAGACUAUUUAGAAGCCAAGGACAAAACAAGACGCUCUCUGAAGGUGCACAACUUCCACUCGGAGAGCAUAAAAGCAUCCCAGACGUCACUUGUUACUGUACGUUUCAUCAGGCAGCACAUCAACACACUUACAGCCGAGCUGGCCUUUCUAUCCCCCCCUCCUGUUAAACAGAUGAAUUAACUGAAAGACAGACUGCUUUAGCUCAUAAUGUGUGUAGAGUGUUUAUGACCAUGUUGAAGUGAGGUGACUUAACGAUUAAAAGAAAAAAACCUGUUGCUUGCUGUGACUGCCAUUUGGGUGUAAAUGUUCUUCGUUUCAGUCAGUUGUCAGGCCUGUUUGUCUUUGCGUUGUUUCGGACGGACAGCAAACGUCUUAUAUGUUUUCACAUUUGCACGAAUGAGGAUUCAUUUUGUUUCCGAUUCUUUUCUCUUUUUUAUUUAUUACUUCUUGUACUUUGGUCAAAACUAAGUGGUGAGCAAACAAGUUUUCAUUGUCAAUAAAAAAAAACGGUUAGUGA